UCUAGUUAUCUCUCAGAACACUUGAAUUACAAUAUGCUGAAAGGUUAUUAUGGAAUUUUUGCCGAAUGAUGCCAAAAAUAUACUGACUACUGACACUUUUAAAUGGAGAAAUCAUGAUAAAAUACACCCUAAGGUGCGCUUCCAGUAGAGAAAACAUAUUGCACCCUCUAGGGUGGCCUUAAAAUUGAAAUGUGCGAUGCAGUGGAUGCAGCUGGUGCCUUUUUUUAUUUUUCACCCUUAGGCCUGAGUUCAUCACGGUUCCAAGAUAUCUAAUAGAUUACCUGUUAAGUGUAUGGCCAUAGCCGACCAUGCUGGCAGCCUUAACUUUGGCCUCCCUGAGCCUCUUGGCGUGGGCGUCCAACCUCUGCCCGCCAACCUGCCAAUGUCUCAACAACCUGACCACUGUAGCAUGUCAGGGGAAAGGACUGGCAGAGAUCCCUGAGCUGCCAGAGGGCACGGAGGAGCUGUACGUCUCAUACAACGAGAUCCUGGAAAUACCCAGUCGUGGGUUGGAGAGGCUGCAGGUCCUGGACCUGACAAAGAAUCAGAUGAAUGCCUUCUUCUUCCUCAACCCGGUUUGGCCCAAUAUGACGAAGCUGAUUAAGCUCUUCCUACGCAACAAUGAACUGACAUUUCUAAACCCCGGUCAGUUCCUAAACUGCCCUGCUCUCGCCCUCCUGGAUCUGAGUGGGAACCAGAUCGAAUAUCUACCCAUCGGAUUCCUCCGCGGAUUAGCUAAUCUGAAGACGCUGUAUGUGAACUUUAACCAGAUUCAAAUGUUACAGGUUGGUGGAUUGGAAGGAGCCUUCACCCUCACUGAACUCCACUUUAGCCAUAACAGUAUAACAAGGAUAGAGGAAGGUGUGUUCAAGAACUCCACUGUGUUGGAGAAACUUGUUCUCUCCAAAAACAGAAUCACAAGUGUGGACGAAGCCAGCUUCAGAGGAGCGACAGGCCUCCAACAGCUUGACCUGGGCGGCAACAUGCUGGUCACUGUUCCAGCUGAAGCACUGAGGGAUGUCAACAGGCUCAAGUAUCUGUAUCUACAUAUGAACAGCCUCACCAGCCUCCCUGAGGAUUGCUUCUCUUCAUUGGGCCUGUUGGUUCAUCUAGACUUGAACAACAACAAGCUGACCACUCUGUCUGAGGGAUCACUGAGAGGUCUGACCAUGCUGAGCGAGCUGGACCUCAGUGUCAACCUCAUAGAUUCUCUUCCCUCAAAAGCAUUCAACGACCUGACCAGCCUUGAGUUACUUGAUCUGUACAGGAACAGACUGACAUCUCUGCCCCAGGACGUAUUCAGUAACCUGAACAACCUGCGAGAGUUGCAGCUGGAUAGCAACCAGAUCUCUGAUGUACCAGUUGGCGUAUUUGAUUCGCUGUCCAGACUCAUGGAGCUACAGCUGUCAAACAACCGCAUCCUGGAGCUCCACCCUGCUCUGUUCAACAAGCUCAAGUUACUUCAGAACCUGGACUUGGAGAACAACGCUCUGAGGCACCUUCCCAAAGGCCUUUUCCACAAGAUGAAGGCCCUCAAGGAGAUACACCUCGAUGGCAACCACAUCAAGUCUCUCCAUCACUCAGUCUUCCACGGUUUGGCCCGCCUUAAAGAGCUCAAGUUGAGCUUUAAUCAGCUCCGUGACAUCCCGUUCGACACCUUCUAUCCCCUCUACGUCCUCCGCAAACUUCUGCUAAAGAACAACAGCCUGGAUAGUUUACACCCUCAGCUCUUUGUCCGACUUUCAAAGCUAACAGAGCUCCACUUGGAUGGAAACAAGCUGGAUCACCUGCAGCCUGAUGUGUUUCAAGGACUUACGAACCUCCAGAAAUUGAGUUUGAAGUCCAACCAGCUCAGAGCGGUGGAGAACGGGACUCUGGAGCCUUUAAGAAACCUUGGCGCCGUCUAUCUGUCAGGUAAUAUGUGGGACUGCACCUGUGCACGUAUUCUCUACAUCAGCAGCUGGGUCAACAUGCACGGAGACAAGCUCGGAGAUCAGCCCAUGUGCUUCUUCUCCUCUUCUUCCUCACACUUAACUGAGGGUGCACCACUCUCUCAGGCAGCUCUGUCUCCCCUGCUGUUACACGAUCAUUGCAUGACAAGUGCAGCGAGUGGCUUGUCACCUUCAUUUCCUCUAGAAAUGCUGACUCUGCUCACGAUUUCUCUCAUAGCUGUUGGCCGCCUGCCACAUCCUUUGUAGUGGUUUUGUGCUCUCUAAACUUUCCUUCCCGUCUUUGCUUUUCAUGUCUGCUCUCGAUUUUUAAGUACAACCUCAAUAUACUGUAAAUUUUAAUAUGUAUGAAUGUAUUCAAUUGUGUAAAUCAAAUUAAUUCAGGAAGAAUUUGUGCUGGAAUAAUGUGAUAAUGCAAAAAUGCAAGAUAGAUUUGUGAGUAUUAAAGGCGCAGUGUGUAGGAUUUGGUGGCAUCUAGUGGGGAGGUUGCAGAUUGCAACCAAGUGAAGCCUCUCCCGCGUGCCGAGUGCAGGAGAACUACGGUGGCUGAUACGCAAACGCAAAUGUCCCCUAUCUAAAGCCAGUGUUAUGUAGAUAUAAAAUAACACAUUCUCACUCCCGACUUGUCGAAUACCGCCGCUUGGUCAGCGCCCCUCGGCAUCGGAGACCGACGCACGGGGUACCUCUCUUGCAUUACUUUUGGACAAACCAGGGACGGCGUGUCAUUACAUGCAUGGUGUCCUUUCAGAAUAAACUUCCGUUUUCACAGGAAGUGAAAGGCAACACAACCAGUUAGUUAGGGUUAGGAAAUGGCCGUAUAAAUGGUUAUAUUCCAUUUCUGCUAAUAGAUCCCCCGAAAUGUUACGCACUGUUCCUUUAAUAGAGUUCUUGCACGAAUAAGUGGUACAG